UAAGAAUCUUUUAACCUCCAUGAUAACUCUGUGAUGCAUGCAUUGUUCCCUGCAUUACAACAGAAAUGACGUUCAAAAGGGACUUGUCCAUGCUUGUUCUCACAAGGUCCUGGCUCCUGCCCUGCCCUGCCUUUCCUGGGCUGGCUCGGGAGCAUCUGCAUUCUCUGAAGAAGUCCCCAGCUUUUCUCUAGCAGGCAGGACACCCUGAGAGGAGGAGGGGGUCUGUGCCGGUGGCCUAGCAACAGCCUCUUUCCGACUCACCAUAAUCCUGGGCUAAUUUGGCCUUCCAGGAGCUAUUCCUUCUGAGGCUCUAGCCCACGCUUCCCUCCUGCACACUGUCUUCUGAGAUGGAUGAGUUGUCCACAGAACAAGUGGGAGUCCCUUGCCUCAGCUCUUGGGAACACAGUGUUCCAGAGGAGUGUUCUCACCCCGAGUCCAAAGAUGCGGCUGAACUCUGAGGACCUGACUGCCGAUGUGUUGGUGUUUCACGGAGCAGCCAUGUCCACUCUGUACCCAUCUCUGGAGGACCUGAAGGUGGACCAAGCCAUUCAGGCCCAGGCCAGAGACACCCCCAAGAUGCCCAUCCUGCCUGUGCAGGAGACACCUGUCCCCCAGCCUUCAGUUUUGUACCCAAACCUGGCAGAACUGGAAAAUUAUAUGGGUCUUUCCCUCUCCAGCCAAGAAGUCCAACAGAACCUGCCUCAGAGUCCAGACGGUGCCAGUGUAGGUAUCUGUCUCUUGCCUGAAGGCCAGCGGGUGGCGCCGGUGUCCGGGAACAGCCUGGGCGUGCGGCGCGCGGAGAUCAAGCCCGGGGUGCGUGAGAUCCAUCUCUGCAAGGACGAGCGCGGCAAGACGGGGCUGCGGCUGCGGGCCAUCAACAAGGGACUCUUCGUGCAGCUGGUACAGGUCAACACCCCUGCAUCCCUGGUGGGGCUGCGCUUUGGGGACCAGAUCCUGCAGAUGGACGGGCGCGACUGUGCCGGGUGGAGCACAGACAGAGCGCACCGGGCAGUGAAGAGGGCUCCAGCAGAGAAGAUCGUCAUGGUGGUUCGGGACCGGCCUUUCCAGCGGACGGUCACCAUGCACAGGGACAGCACCGGCCACGUGGGCUUCAUCAUCAAGAAGGGGAAAGUGGUCUCUGUGGUCAAAGGGAGUUCCGCGGCCCGCAACGGGCUCCUCACCAACCACUACGUGUGUGAAGUGAAUGGGCAGAAUGUCAUCGGGCUGAAGGACAAAGAGGUCACGGAGAUUCUGGCCACGGCCGGGAGCGUCAUCACCCUGACCAUCAUCCCCACCGUGAUCUACGAGCACAUGGUCAAAAAGUUGUCCCCGACCCUGCUCCGCCACACCAUGGACCACUCCAUCCCAGAUGUCUGACGUCACGGGCAGCUCCGCCCUCCCUCCUGCGGAAUGCAGAGGCCUCAGGACACAGGUUUCAGGUUUCGGAGACCUGCUGCCUGAGCCGGAUGUCCUGACGGGGUGCGCUGGGCGGGUGUGUGUGUGUGACCGCAGCGCACAUCGUCUUCAUGUGGAGCACAGCCUCCUCGGAGCCUGACUUGCCCGGACUACGGCGGGCCAGGGCCACAGGCAGCGGCUUGCGCGGGUUUCCGUGUCGCGGCAGCCGCCUCAGGGCCUCCGGAAGGGGCAGCUGGGUCCCUUUUGAGACGUCACCUCUACCAGAAGGACAGUCCACAUUGAGAGAACAGAAGCACAUUCCUUGUGAGAAUUUUUCCCUUUACUUGAUCUUUGACACACACUGUACAUGGGUAGAACUCCUCACCUAUCUUUUGAAUAAAGCUUUGAUUUUAAAUAAAA